UGCCGGGACAUGGCCGCUGCGGAUGCCGGGUCCUUGAGCUGAGCGCCUGCUGCCGGAGCCAACCUCUGCGGUCAAUCGUCCGCACGGGCUGGGCCCAGGCGCCCGGACGGCGAAGAUCCGCCGAGGAAGCGGAGGCUGCCAUAGGACGGCGCCGCGGCGGGCGCAUGGCGUCCAUCUUGCUCAGGAGCUGCCGCGGCCGGGGGCCUGCCCGCCUCGCGCCACCCGGAGCCGCCUCCCCGCGGGGUAGUCUGAGGGAUCGAGCUUGUCUCAGUUGUACGAGGACCGUGGGGCUGACGAGCCAUGAGAGUGUUCUGUCUCGCUGUUGUACUCCAGCCCACCCUGUGUACCUCUGCUUCAAAGGUGAGCCCCUCAGCUGUUGGACUCAGAGGCCUGAGUGCCGGGGCACUGCAGCAAGGGCAACAUGGACACCUGCCUCAGCAAGGCUGGUGGUUACGGGACCUCAGUACCUUCCUGUGCGCAGCUGGCACUCAACACUCCCACUCAGAGAGGACUCUGUGAUAGAGAAGUCCCUGAAGUCCUUAAAGGACAAGAAUAAGAAGCUGGAAGAGGGUGGCCCUGUGUACAGCCCGCCAGCACAGGUGGCAGUGAAGAAGUCCCUUGGGCAGAAGGUACUGGAUGAACUGAAGCACUACUACCACGGCUUCCGCCUGCUCUGGAUCGACACCAAGAUCGCUGCCCGGAUGCUGUGGCGCAUCCUCAAUGGCCAUACGCUGACCCGCCGGGAGCGCAGGCAGUUUCUCCGGAUUUGUGCGGACCUCUUCCGUCUAGUGCCCUUCCUGGUGUUUGUGGUGGUGCCCUUCAUGGAAUUCCUGCUGCCUGUAGUUGUGAAGCUCUUCCCCAACAUGCUGCCGUCCACAUUUGAGACCCAGUCUAUCAAGGAGGAAAGGCUGAAGAAGGAGCUUAGGGUGAAGCUGGAACUAGCCAAGUUUCUCCAGGACACCAUAGAGGAAAUGGCCCUGAAGAACAAGGCAGCCAAAGGAAAUGCCACCAAAGACUUCUCUGCAUUUUUCCAGAAGAUCCGGGAGACAGGGGAGAGACCCAGCAAUGAGGAAAUCAUGCGUUUUUCCAAAUUAUUUGAGGAUGAACUGACCCUGGAUAACCUCACGAGGCCUCAGCUGGUAGCACUGUGCAAGCUGCUGGAGCUUCAGUCCAUUGGCACCAACAACUUCCUGCGUUUCCAGCUCACCAUGCGCCUGAGGUCCAUAAAGGCUGAUGAUAAGCUGAUUUCUGAGGAAGGGGUGGACAGUCUGACCGUGAAGGAAUUGCAGGCAGCCUGCCGAGCACGAGGCAUGCGAGCGCUCGGUGUCACAGAAGACCGUCUGAAGGGCCAGCUGAAACAGUGGCUGGACUUGCACCUGCAUCACGAGAUCCCCACGUCACUGCUCAUACUGUCCCGGGCCAUGUACCUUCCAGACACCCUCUCACCUGCUGACCAGCUGACGUCCACCUUGCAGACCCUUCCAGAAAUUGUGGCAAAGGAGGCUCAGGUAAAAGCGGCAGAGGUGGAGGGCGAACAGGUGGACAACAAGGCGAAGCUGGAGGCCACACUGCAGGAAGAGGCUGCCAUUAAGCAAGAACACCUAGAAGAACUAAAGAGGGCUGCUGAGGCUGUGAAGGACAUCCAGCCAGAAGUAGCAGAAGCCACUGUCCCUGGAAGGCCAGGGCCCGAGCUUCAGCCCAAGAUGGCUGAUGUGAUCCUGCCCUCGGAGGUACUGAAGGAUACGGCACCUGUACUGGAAGGCUUGAAGGGAGAAGAGAUUACCAAGGAGGAGAUCGACAUUCUCAGUGACGCCUGCUCCAAGCUCCAGGAACAGAAGAAGUCCCUGACCAAGGAGAAGGAGGAGCUGGAGCUGCUGAAAGAGGAUGUCCAGGACUACAGUGAGGACUUACAGGAGAUCAAGAAGGAACUUUCAAAGACGGGUGAGGAGAAGUACAUAGAAGAAUCUACAGCUAGCAAGAGGCUGUCCAAGCGAGUGCAGCAGAUGAUCGGGCAGAUUGACGGCCUGAUCGCGCAGCUGGAGACCACUCAACAGACUGGCAAGCUAGGCCCCGAUGAGAGCUCUCCCACAGGGGAGAGCGUCAUCAGUGUCAGUGAGCUCAUCAGCGCCAUGAAACAAAUCAAGCACAUUCCAGAACACAAGCUCAUCAGCUUGACCUCGGCCCUGGAUGAAAAUAAGGAUGGUAAUAUCAACAUCGAUGACCUUGUUAAGGUAAUCGACUUGGUGAACAAAGAAGAUGUUCAGAUCUCUACCACCCAGGUAGCCGAAAUUGUGGCCACACUAGAAAAGGAAGAAAAGGUGGAAGAGAAAGAAAAGGCCAAGGAAAAGGCUGAGAAAGAGGCUGCAGAAGUGAAGAAUUAGAGCCGCCAGCUUUCGGCCCACAAGGUCUGCCUUCAUCGUGCUAUGCCAGCCUCCCUGGCAGGGCACACAAGAGUGAUUGCUUUGAGGUGAUUCUUAGUGGCAAAUCUAAUAUUUUGUCUGGAAUAAAUCAGAAACUUCCAUAAUGAAGCAAUUUUUAGUUUUCAUCAUUCCACGAAGAUUCAGUCCAGCUGGAGCCAGAGAGGGUGGCAGUGUCUGGACUCAUGCCCUGAUGUGGCACUAAAUGGCCCUAACCCUUGGGUUAAGGCACAGCUGCCAAUGGGAUCCUAGCCCCACACUGGCCCCUCGCUUCAGAGAUGGCUCUGGCCAGGCUUGGUAGGAAGGCAUUUAUUUCCCUGUAUGUGUCCUUACUGGGUCAGGAUCUGAGCGAGCCUCCAUCCCGAGAGGAGAGUGAGAGCCAACUGGACCCCAGCACCACGUGGAGUCAAGAGGAUGUGCCUGCGCGUCCUCGUAGGCCUUGGGAUGGGAGUUAGACAAACACAGAUGCAGGCCGCUCUGCUCUGAAGACACUGCCAUCAGUCAGUCUGAGGGAUUGAGAUUCCUGAAUGCCAGUGUCCGUAGAUCUGUCUGCUCACGCCUUCACAGUUGUCUUAGCUACAGGUCCCUGACAGCAGUGUCUGUCCUGUAUGGAUUCUGAGGCAUGUCUCUCAUCUCACCAUUGAUCUCCUUAAUAAUUCUUUAACGGACUAGUACUGAAUUUUCAUACACAACUGCCUAAUUCAUGAGUAAUUCCUAAUAUAGUGGGUGAUACACAUUGAAGAAGCCUUUGAAAAUGAAAUCUUUCCUGUUGGGUAUCUGCAUUGCUGAACAGGCCUGGGGGAUAGAACUGGCACAUGUAACUUGAAUAUACUUAAAACUUUGUGUGGCUUGUAACAUAAAAUUCAAGUCCUAUCUCACAGGACAAUGUGCAGGAUGGGGCUUCACAAGAGAAUGUAUGUCGUAGACUCCAGCUUCCUUAGCACAAGUGGUCAUGGCUGUGCUCCAGCCACCAAGGAGUGAGUGAUGCCUCAGAGCUUUCAGGAUGCUGUUCCCUGCCCGCCAACAGCUCACUGGGCCCUGAGAAGACAGUCUAGAGCUCUUUGCUGAGUGGCCAGCAGCCUUUCUCAUUUGGAAAUGGCUCCUUGGACAGGCCAGGGCUGUGGCCUGUGGCCUCUCCGCCACCUUCACAUUGUAACCCCAUCCUUGGAGCACAGAGGGAGGAAGAUAAUGAGUUCAGCUUGGGCCACUUAGCAAGUCCCUGUCCAGGAAAAACUAUCCUUUACUCCAGACAGGAAUUGAACAUGUACAGAGAAGCAGCAAGCACAAUAGAACUCAGUUUCUUGAAACGUCUUUCUUAACUGUUAAAGGAAACAUAUUGUGCUAAGCAGGAAUAAGAUGAUUCUGGCAUGUAAACCUGUGCAGAGUAACAGUGGGAGGAGCCUAGUGGUUCCAUGGUCACAUCUGAAUCCUGGUGUCCCUAGGAGGACAAGACUAUGGUUGCCAAGUCUGUCCCCACAGUAGAGGGUAUCUCCUGUGACCAGCACUCUGGAGCCUGACCUGUGUCUGCCCAUCAUCUUCACCCUUUAUUGUAUUACUGGGUACUGUCAGUGGCCUGCACUGACUGCUGCUGUCCCUCUAACCUCUACUCUGGUCACGCUGUCACCCCACUGCAGGGCCUUAGCACACAUGUGCUAGGAGGUCUGCCAGUGGAUGAUUCCCUUGGGUUUUGGAGUUGUCCCCCUGUUUGCUUCACUGACUUUAUGUAGUACAGCUGGGUCAGCAUUAGAAAUACCAGAUCCGCCGGUUGGUGGUGACGCACGCCUAUAAUCCCAGCACUCUGGGAGGCAGAGGCAGGCGUAUUUCUGAGUUCAAGGACAGCCUGGUCUACAGAGUGAGUUCCAGGACAGCCAGGGCUAUACAGAGAAACCCUGUCUCAAAAAAAAAGAAAUACCAGAUCCACCAGGUAGUGAUGGCAGCACACGUCUGUAAUCCCAGCACUUAGAAGGCAAGGCAAGUGGACAACCAGGGCCACACAGAGAAACCCUGUCUUGAACUACCACCACCACCACCACUCCCUAAAAAAAAAAAGAAAUGGAAGAUCCAGGACUGAGAAUUGUACUCAGACUGAACAUUUGAAAACUGGCUGUGUUUCAACUGUCAUUAACUGUCCUGUACCUCAGCAUUUUGCCCAGGGCAUAUGUCCAGGAGCUGAGAUGUCUGCACCUGUUAAAUUAAGGAUUUGACACAGGAGUCUGGUGCUUCCUCUCUCCACUCCACACCACCUUCCCACACAGGGUCUGGGAAGCUGGCACCUAAAUUCCAGACUCCUUUUGGACUGUUAAUAUCUUAAAUGCGAUGGGCACCAUGCAGUUCUUAAAAGCCAUUUUCAUGGUCUUGGGCUGUGCCUCCUAGUACCAUGGUAGGGGAGCAAGUUCUGUACCCUCUUCUGUCUUCCAGGGGUCCUAGAGCCUCUAGCUAAAUUGUGUGUAGACAUCUUCCAUGUUCAUGUAACAGCACAAAGUGAUACUUCUGAACCCUGAGCAAUCUAUUCAAGAAAUUGAGUGGAAACUCAGACUACCUUAAGCUCUAAUGGUUGUGCUGUGGCCACCAGGUGUGUUCAGAUUUUAGAGGGUCUUGACCUCAGCCCCUAGGUGAGUGCUAGCUCAUAUCUGGGGGCUCAAACCUUGGUUCCAGGCUCAUAUCUUGUGGGACCUAUCUGAGGAAGCCCAUGUACCGCCAUCCUGCAAUACAGCCCUGUUUUGUAGAAGCUGACAAGGGAGGACUUCUCAGACCGUAGGCUAACUCAGGGCCCUGUGGGGCUAGCGGGUUGCAUGACGAUGGUUUCUAAACACCUUGAUGUAAGGAGGUGACUGAAUAAAGUGCCACUGAUGACUCGUC